AUGGCCAGAUUCAGUGACGACGAGUCCAGCCGCGACUCGUCCCUAGUUUAUGGCGAAAUUGACGGCUGUGACACGAAUCGAAAAAGGUAAGGCACUGUCUCCAGUGUAAUGUCUAUUUUUAGGAAUCUCGAUCGUCGCAGAGAAACGUCGCGAUAUGCGGCUCGAGAUCGGCGUGGCAAAGAAGCGGACAUCUUCUCCGACUUGAAGGAUGUGGUGCCAAUUGUUGAUGAAAGCACGGUGACACACGUAGACAGAAUCGCCUUGUUGAGGGUGGCUUCUACCAUGUGUAGAAUGAGGAGAAAUGCGGGGAAAUGUAAGGAUGGGGCAUUGGUACUGUUUGUAAAUUAAGGUUGAAAUUAUAAUAUAAGUUCAGGGUAAGGCCAUUAGUCAAAGAUAAGGCUUUUUCUUGUUGAGAGUUUAAAGAUAAAGCCAUGUUUUUGAUGUUAAAGCAAGAAAAAGAUGGGUUUUUGGAUAAAAAAUGAAUAAAAUAAUGUUAUAGUAGACAAAAGUAAGUGAAGAGCCAUGUUUUUGGAUAAGAAAAUGAAGGGUAAUAUCAUUCUUGGGUAAAAUACGGAUAAUAAGGCUGUUCAGAAAUUUAACAUUAGGUUAUUGGUAUGUUGAUAAUGUCAGAAUGAAAAAUAUGUAUCAGAAUGGUAUUAUGUAUUCUUUGCUUUUUAAAACGCCAAAAUUCUCAUUUUUGUUACCUAAAAUAAUUUUUUGUUACCUAAAAUAGGCUUUUUGCGUACACUAAUCUACAGUAUCUUUCCUUCACCCGUAGUACGUACAAUAACAUCUUACAAUAGGUCGUAUAACACUAGUUUUAUUGUAAUGCCACUUCCUAUUACGUCUUUAAAACUCUAAAUAUCGAAUGGUACUUUAAUACGCUUACGUACACGGUUACUGUAUUUUGGUGGUGUAUUUUCGAAACAUCUCAUUACCAUGGUAACACACAAAGUACGUCUUAUAAUACCAGAAGACUGACUAAUGUAAUCUUGAAUACAUACAUAAUAGAACAGUGCAAUGGUGUGUUUAAUACAUAUUACAGUGUGGUAGAGUGUGAGGAGAUACAUGUUAUUAUACAUUGUCAUAGAGUGUGAGGAGAUUUACAUACAUAAUAGGUUGUUCAAAUAAUUCUCUGUUUUUUUAAGGCAGAUUUUUGAGGUUAGGGGCACAGAAGUACUUGAACGUUACAUAUGUAGAACCUAAUAUACAUGUAUAUCUUCUCACACUGAGGACAUGAACGUACAUGAUAGUGAACUUGUGAUGUAAUAUUGAAUAGAUAAGUACAUUCAUGUUGCCGUUUAGUAUUAUAAGGCCAAUAUAGUACAAGAAAGCGUGGAGACGAUGCUAAUUAGUAUGAGGUACUAAAUGUAGUACUAUCAGACUAACGACCCAAUGGACUCCCUAUGGUCAGAAUAUCUUGUAACAUCAACUAGUUCAAAUAGUUCUGUGCUCCCACUCAAAGCAAAUUUUUGAGUUUAGAGGGCACUGCAUUAUUUGAACAACCUAAUAUAACAGCGAUAAGUAACAUUAGGUAAUGAGACCGUAGUUGGAUGGUUACGUAUUAAAGGGGGAUAAUGUGUUAAAAGUUCAACCUACAGUAAGAUGAUUAAUAGGAAGAAAACGGCAGAGUAAACAGUAAUCUUGAACAAGGACGUUACUUUGUUCGAAGAGUGGGUUAAUGUUGUCAUUAUAUUGUUUUUGAAUUUUUGAGAGAUUUAGGUAACAAAAAAUUAGGAAAACUAGAUAAUUUGAGUUUAAAAUUGAUCAAGAAGUAAAAAAAAAUACAUUGACAUUAGAAUAAAGGAGUAAAAAGGCAAGAUCUACAUGAAAACAUGGGUAAUAUCAACAUUAAAUUUGAAAAGAUGGAUAAUAAAAACUUGAAAUUAAAAUUUCUCAUUGAAUGUAAAAUUUUAAAUUGAUUAAUGAAGCUAAAUUUUAAAAAUUUCAGUUUUGGAAACAGAACUACCAGCCGAGAACCCAGACACACAUUGCUUCACCGAACAGAACCUUACAGAAUGCCUAGAUGGCUUCGUACUACUGGCAGACUCCGAUGGUACAAUAUUGUACGUCAGUGAAAGCGUGUCUAUCUUCUUGGGACUGACUCAGGUAAAAUACGAUCCUUUUAGCUCGAUGUUUAAAAAAUAAAAAAAAUUGUUACCUAAAAAUGUAUAGACAUUUAAGUUUUUUAAUAUUAUAGUAUAUUAAGAAGGUAGUAGUAAUACAUUAGGUAGUUCCAAUAAUUCUGCGCUUACUUAUCUCUAAUUUUGCUUUGAGAAGGGGCACAGAAUUAUUUGAAAAUUCUAGUAGACCAAUUUCAUUAUGUUAUAGUAGGUCGUUGGUGAAAAAAGUUGUCUUAAUUUUGAAAAACGUAUUACUUGUUUAAAUAAUUUUGUGCUCCUCUCAAAGCAAAUUUUGGGGGUUAAGGGAACAGAAUUAUAUGAACAACAUACUAGAGUUAAAAAUUUACUGUAAAUUUACAGCGAACGCGGAAGUAGUUUCGUUCGAUAUCACGGGUCAUAAAGAGUAAAUUGUCAUAGUUACCAAUGAUAGAUCACGAAAAACAAGUUUCAAUACGAAAACGCACUUUCAUUGGCUGAAAAGCCAUCAAAAAAGUAGGGUUAGGAUGGUUAAAUUGAUACAGAUUACUGUAAAAUGCGGUUGUAAAGAGCAAAAUACAGUGUUAUACGGUGUUGAAAGGGAAUACAUUAAUGUAAAGUUAGGUUUAAAUGAUGGGGUUUAAUAGAGUUUUUGUGUAGGAUAAAAGUAUUUUUUUAAUGGUAAUUGCAUUAAAAAUUGAUGUAGAGGUUUGAAAAUGCAAAAAAAUUUGAUCAAAAAUUGCAAAAGUGCAAAAAAUGUUAGUUAAAAUAAAAAAGCAAAAAAAUGGAUGAAAAAAUUGAAAUUUUGAUGUUUGAACCCCCUAAUGACCAUUAUUAACAAAAAAAUUCAAUGAAAAUCGACUAAAACCUUUAUAAAAACAACCUACAAACCCAAAAACCUAAAAAAGUUGCACAAUUCGAUAAAUGUUCAGAGAUAGACGAGCUGCAAUCUAACCGACUCAAAAUAAAAAGACUGAAGGUUUUCGCAUUAUAAGAGACGAAGGGCGAGCAAAAACAGUUUAUACAUGAUUUGGAUGCUGCGAACGUGUUAUUCCUUAAUAUCAAUUCGAAACUGUUCUUUCAAUGUCGAUUUAUGGUGCUGGGGUUGUGCGAAGGGUGGAUAAUAUGAGAGGUUGGGCUGGGUUAGGGUGGUAGCGUAAACACAAUGUUAGAUGGUUUGGCUAGGUUAGGGUGGUAGUAUAAACAUGGAGGGAGAGUGAAGUUGAAGGGAUUGGGAUGGGUUUUUAAGAGCCCGUUUCAAAGCACUUUACUAUAAACAACUCUAACCUUACAUUAACAUACCAACAUAAACCAAUCAGUAGAUAUUACCUACGCUGCGCAUGGCCUUUCUUAACAUCAUAUAGUUGAAUUGAACUAAAAAUUGAGGGCUUAUCUUAAGAAACCAUAUGUUUACUUCAUCUAGCACUGAUUUCUGCGCCGAGCCUAACAGUGUCGAUCUGCUUGAUUUCUAGGCGCGGCUCGGAAGCCAGAGAUAACUGCGGUAAAAUCACUUUAAAACGCACUUUAACCAGACAUUCUGACAGACAAAAACUUAAUAUUACCUUUUUCAAAUAAUUAUGUGCCCACCAGGGACGUCGUUUGGGGGAGGGGGAGGGGGCACAAAAUUACUUGAACAAUCUACUAAUAUAAACUAAAUUUCAAAAUUAACUUACUUAGUUAAAGACAGCAUUUACUAGCUCCAAAAAAGGGAAUCAAACGGAAACAGCCUCGGCUUUUAUACCCGCAAAGUCCGCGCCCUAAGGCAGUAAGAAACGUGCAAAACGAACGAAAACGCGCAAAACAAAGGCCCAGGUCGAGAUUUCAACGGCCAAAACAACGUGUGGAUGGCAUGAAAAACAGGGAAAGAGGUGUUUUUCGUAUUCCAUGUUACAAUUAGCGAGCUGAUGAGGUUAAAAAUAAAGGAAACUUGUGUUGAAAGGAAAGAUGUUGGGGUAGAACGUUGGAAAAUUAACGUUUUUGUGAUAGAAAAAAGGACAAAAGUUCAUUUUUGAUGUAGUUUUGGGUGUUAGAAUGGUUAUAUUGUAUUAAGAUAUGUAGAAAAUAAGCCAGGCUAUCUUAAUGUACUAUGAUAUAUUCAAAUUUUAACGUUUGUAGCCUUUUUUCUUUCAUAAAAGUUUGUUUUCUUUAAAAAAUACCUAAAACUAUAUGAUUUUUUUCAGACAGAUCUAGUCGGUCGCUUCCUAAAAGAGUUUGUUCACAACAACGACUACGAUGAGCUUAUCAGAGCCUCGACUACAUCAACAGAAGUCAGUGACACAGCUUCAUCGUUGGACGAAUUCGGCCGCUACAUCGUAGUCCGUAUGAAGACUGUCAUCUCCCCACGUGGCAGAAACCUGAACCUGAAGUCGGCUCUAUUCAAAGCCAUUCUAUGCAGAUUCAGAGCCGUGAAUACAGAGUACGGUAGAUUGUCCCUACUGUACGGUAGCUCAACUCCAGCUGGCCAAGGAAACUCGAUCAUGUUGGCCAAUGCUUCAGUCAAAGGGUCCGAAGCCACAAACGGCGUCUACAUGACCAGACACACGUGUGACAUGAGAUUCAGCUAUGUCAGUGACAGUCUGAACUAUCUGUUGAGACACGAUGCUCGUAGCUUAAUGGGAACAUCGUUCUACGAUAUUGUACACCCGAGUGACAUGAUGGCUGUUGCUGGAUCAAUGAGGGAAUUGUUCCAGAAAGGACAUUGUAGAACACCGUUCUACAGAUUAUUGGGAUCCAACAACUCUGUAGCAUGGGUUCAGACCGAAGCUACCACCGUGAAUCACACUGCUCGAGGUCAAAAGGGACAAUAUGUCUUGUGUGUUCACUCGGUCAUGGGGUAGGUUUUGGGGAUUUUGAUGGUUUAUAUUGUUUUAUAUGUAAAACUAGGUUUAUAUUUACUAUUUUUAUACCGAAAAUGUUUAAAAUUCGAUUUGUAAGCUCAGUUUUGGACCUAAAUUACCUUUAUAUCAUCUAUGUUAAUAUAAUCUCGUUUAGGAUGCAAAGCGAACUGGACGCCUGGAACGAGCCGGUGGUGGACGCCCAAAUGGCCGCUCAUCCGGCCGUCUGUGUCAGCGCAAUCAAACGCGAGAUCCCCGACAUGGCCGAGUACAUGGGCAAACAGCCCGAGUUCGUGGAUUGUGUGGACUUUACUCCACUGAUCGAGCCCGUCAUCGACGUCAACUACGACGAGUUCACCAACAUGAACGGAAUCCGCGGACACGGUAAUGAGUUUGAGCUUGAUGAGGGCUCGCUUUACGCGGGUUUGAAUGGAAAAGAGCAUGGCGGGGAUAUUGUUAUAGGUACUAGUGCGAAUGUGGCAGAUAUGGUGGUUGAUGGUGUGGAUUUGGGGGAGAAAGAAGGUGGUAAAGAGGUUGAUAAUGAUGGUGAAGUUUUUGUUGGAAUAAUUGAUGGUGGGGAUAUGGACAAGGGAAGAAAUGACCACGAAGCCAUUAAUAAUGGAGCAAAGGAUAAAAGUGGCAUGGUUAAUAUAGAAAAUAAUAACGGAAUAGGGCACGCCGAGAAGAAUAAAGAGCAAUAUUGUAGUAGCAAAGAGAAAAGUCUUGAUAGAAAUGGGAACCAUCAAGAAAAUCACGAUGAAAUACAGACUCUGGAGACAAAUUUGUACGAAGACUACAUAGAAAAAGCUUUUGAGAUUGAUAAUGUGAACAAAGUUAAUGACAUUGAGAUUGUCAACGAUGCUAAUGUGGAAUUUGAGGUGUCUGAGAAGGUAGUCGAGGUAGAAAAGCUCAAUAAUAUGGCUAAUGAAGUAGAAAGAAGCUACAACAAUAUAGAAGAUGAAGUAGAAAAAGCCUAUAACAGUAUGAUAAGAGACGCAGAUAUAGUAGAAACUCCAAGCAAGACUAAUAACACUCAACUUGACGAAGACUGUCUGACCGAUCUAGAGGACUGUUGGAAGAAUCCUCACAUUUGUAAUACAGAAAGACGUCAAUGGAGCUACAGCAGCUCUUCGGACGACCCAGAAGCUCAUGAACAUACCUCAAGUGAAGAUGACGUUGUGAUAAUUAUUCCAAAGAAAAAGUUAAAGAAGUCCAAAGGUAAAAGAACGACCAGAGAAUGGGUAAAGCAACUUCGCAACUCAAUAUCUGGAACUGUCAAAUGUUCUGAGCGAGUUUCUAGUUCAAACCCUUCAGGAAAAGCUACUAAAACAUGUGAUAGAUCAAACACAAAAGCUUGUGACAGAUCAGAGACGUCAAACUGUACCGAACCAACCAGCUCGGCAACUCGAUGUUGUUGUUGUGGAGCUCGAAACGAGAAAGAAGUCUACGAAAAGUGUGUUCAGAAGGCGAAAAAAGCGGUGCCCACCUUUCCCAUGUCCUUUUAUCGCGAUCUCAUCCAAAAGGUGUUUACCAGUCCGUCACUUUCGUGUUAUCGACCAUUUGUGCUUUACUGUGCCGUCCCAUGUCGUUGAUGUUGAUCCCCGAACAUCCCCAAGGUCCCAUGCUCUUUUCCUCGAUUUUACAGUGUUUGGCGUACUGUAGGAGGUUUUACAACAUCUAAAAUAUUGUAGAAUCUUCUACGGCGUCUAAACAAUACUGUAGAAUCAUAAAAAAUGUUUUUAACAAUACACUCCUUAAAAAUAUUAACCUUGAAAUUUCAGAGAAGAGAAAGAAGAGCUUCGACGAGGUCCUGGACUGGCUCGUCCGCGACGAAGCCGACAGUCCACCACCCUACGCCAGCUUCUUCGAACAACAGGACGAGUGCCGUGCCGACCCCACCAGCUCAAACGAGUCCUUUCGUCAGCCACAGUACAACCGAGGAUACCAACAACAACAACAAUUCAACCAAGGCCAGUACCCACAACGAGGCCGAGGAUUUGGUCCGGCUUCGGCCGUUCCCAUGGCUCCGCGAGAUCGGACUGAACGUCGAGCCCCUUCUGCCCAUCGGCCCAUCAAUGCCGAUGGACGAGCACCUGCAGGCGCUUAUGGACAAGAUGGAUCAGGCUUCGGUGCCAUGCAGCGCGGCCCAACCUGCCUACAACAACAGGGAAUGGGUGGACAACAACAACCAAUGGUCGGCCAAGGAAUGUCAAAUGGCUACGGACCAGGAUACGAGCGAGGCUUCGACUUCAGACAAGAAUCAUUCAAACCCGAGCAAUCGUUCCGUGCCGAGCCACGCCACUCACGAUUCUCAACCCAUCUCCGUCGCGAGUUUGGACUCGGUGAGCAGGCCGACCUGUUGCGCCAACAACAACAACAGCAACCCACCAACCCUGGUGGAGCCGCUGCUGUACGUGCGCGGUCAGCCAAUCCUGGAACAGUACCCGCCGCUACGUCUCCAGACCUCUACAUUGUGCCCGGUCCUCAGCACCGACCUGCUCCUGGACGAAUCCCUUCCGGCUCCCCUCUGUACGCCGCUCUGCGUUCUGCCGGUGAUCAGAAGCCGGCGGCAUAUUCUCGUGCGUCCAGUGCCAGUUCCGGUCGCUCCAUGUACGAUAGUGCAGCAGCCAGACGCUACGCGCAAGCGUCGCCUGCCCCUCGCCCAGCCAACCGCUCUCGCUGCUCCUCCACCUGUUCCAACGCAGGCAAUGCUGCAAAGCCUCGAGAGCAGCGGCCUGUGAACGUGAACCAACUCCCUGCCGUGGUUACCCCACCCUGCCACGCCCUCGAGUCUCCACCAUCUCAACAAAUGUAUCAGGAGUAUAAUAACUAUAAGGAAGGACCGGCGUGCAAGAAAGCCGCCUAUGGUAAUGAUAAACCAAUGUACAAAGAUGAAUAUGGAAGAGACUUUGCUGGUCUGGCGCCAUUCGUUCCAGAAGACGACUUCUUGCAGUUGGAGGAUCUGGAUUUGAAGGUAGGUUUAGAGGUAUUAAAAUUUAAAAAUUGGAUUUAUAGUGAUAAAAAAUAUAGAAAUUGUUAAUUUAGGUAGGUAAAAACUUUAAAAGUUUGAAGUUAGAACGAUAAAAGAAGCGGAACAUAAUAAAAUUAGAAAACCGAUAAUUUCUGUGGCUUUUCGUCGAACAAAAUCUGUUUUCUUAAAUUUCGGAACUUUUCACUCGGAUUUUGAAAUAUACUAGAAAUGUGAUAACAAACAAUGUUAUGUAGGCCAGAAAAUAAAUUAUACCAUGUCAUUGUAGGGCGUGUUCCCUGAUGUCGACUUCUCCGAAUUCUUCCCCAACGACGCCACCCCUUCGAAUCCGGGCAGUGCUGGCAUGAUGGAGCAACAAAAACAAACUCCACCAUGCUACGAUGACAUGUAUCAACAAGGUAUGAACAUGCCACGCGUACAAGAAGGUCUGGUACCCGAGAAUUGGAGAAUGGGUAAGGAUUUUGGGGAAUAUCAUGGUUAAUAUAGUGGUUUGUAGGGAUAUUGAGGUAGAUAAUGAAGGUUUUGGAGGUUUUAAAGGUGUUAUUUGAGAUUUUUGUUAGUUUUUAUGAAAGGUAUGGUUAGUAUUGAGCUGCUGGUUAUAUUGUAGAGGUUUUUGAUGUUUAUUUGACCUUUUUAAGGCAGGCAUGGUUAAUAUAAUAUUGUUGGGAUACCUAGAAUACUUUAGAUAGUAAAAUUCUGUAAUGGUAAAACAAUUUUUUGUAGUGUUAUACUACCAUACUUCAUUAAAGAUGACAUUAAUAACAACUUUUUUCAGCCGAAGCCGAGCUAUGGUAA